AUGUCUUCCGCCAACAGAGACACUCACAACUCCUCGCCGUAUGAUGAGAAGACGCGCGUCAAGGGUGCCGACGACACCAUUUUCUCGACCGUGUCUCACGGCGAAGUAUAUGAUUCGAUCGACGGCGAGGGCUUUCCAGCCGAUGUCGAUGAGAAGAAACUCAUGAGGAAGAUCGACUUCAAGCUCAUUCCGUGGCUCUGUGUGCUCUAUCUCAUGAGUUUUCUUGACAGAUCAGCGAUCGGCAAUGCUCGUCUCUAUGGACUCGAGAAGGAGCUCAACCUCACCAGCCAGCAAUACAAUCUCGCUCUAACUAUCUUCUUCUUCCCGUACGCCCUUUUUGAGGUGCCCUCCAACAUCUUGCUCAAGCGUCUUCGCCCUUCGAUCUGGUUCCCUGUCAUCACCAUGCUCGUUGGCGUAUGCAUGGUUUCUCAAGGACUCGUUCGCAAUUUCAAAGGCCUCCUCAUCGCCCGAUUCUUCCUUGGCCUCACGGAAGCUGGACUUUUCCCUGGCUGUAACUUCCUGCUGUCCGGAUGGUACAAGCGUUCCGAAUUCGGUCUCCGUGCCUCGGUGUUCUUCUCCGCCGCAACUGUUUCUGGAGCCUUCGGAGGUCUCCUCUCCUUUGCGAUCAACAAGAUGGACGGCGUUGGUGGAUACAGUGGGUGGCGUUGGAUUUUUAUUUUGAUCGGCCUAGUGACGUGUCUGGCUGGUGUUCUAAGCUUCUGGCUUUGCGCUGACUUUCCUGACACGAGCAAGUUCCUCAGCGAAAGCGAACGAAGGGCCGUGAUUUAUCGACUGCAGCAAGAUCAACAGUUUUCAGCUGCAGGCGAGACGUUCAGGUGGAACAAUGUCUUCAAGGCUUUCGUGGAUUGGAAGUUGUGGGCCGGAAUGGGCGCCUAUAUCGGUUGUGUUGGCCCGCUCUAUGCGUUCAGUCUAUUCACCCCUACCGUGGUCAAGUCGAUCAAUCCUAGGUGGUCUUCCAAUGUCGCCAACCUCAUUUCGAUCCCUAUCUACAUUGUUGCAUGUCUCGUAACGGUCAUCGUCGGCUUCAUGGCCGAUCGAACGUCACGAAGGACGCUCUACUCGAUUGUCCUCUCAGUGAUUGGCGUAAUCGGUUACGUGAUUCUGAUUUCCAACGACGCAAAACGCAACCCUUCGUUGUCCUAUGCCGCCGUCUAUCUCGCUUCAAUUGGAAUCUACCCGAUGAUCCCCAACAACAUCGCGAUCGUCGCUAACAACAGCGAAGGCGCAUACGUGCGAUCCGUCAUCACCGGCGUCGUCAUCUCAUUCGGUAACAUCAAUGGCGCCGUCAGCUCCAACAUUUAUCCCAAAAGCUCCGCUCCUCGGUUCAUCAUGGGUCACGCCAUCGUGCUCGCCUACAUUGUCAUUGGCAUCCUUAGUAACGUCGCCUUCUACUUUGGUCUUCAGUACGAGAACCGACAGCGCGAAGCUGGUAAGCGCUCCGAGACCAUCCUUGCCGACGAUCCCGCCAUGCUUGCCUCAGGCAAGGAUCUUCAGACUGAAGCUGCUCGAAUCAGAGCCCAGGAGAUCCAGCAGGCCAGUGCGUUCCGCGGACUUAUGCGCAGACUGCAUAUGGGAGGCGGAGGAACUUACGCAACCCGCGAGGAAGCUCAAAUGCUCAAGGGUGACCAGAUCAGUUCGUUCAAGUAUCGCUGGUGA